GUGGUUACAACAACCUCUUCACUUCGGGCUGUCAACACACAACAUCCACCCACCAUGGACCCCAUGGAGGUCGACCCGCGAAGCUCGGUAGAGGCGCCCAAUGGAGCUGACGCCAACUCCGACCGCGAGAGAUCGCCGACUCCCCCACUUCGCAGCCUUGUUGAUGAGUUAUCCCCAUACUAUCGGCCCGCUCAGCAACUGCCCUACGAACUUGCUACUCACAGCAGCGUCCUGCUCGAGUCCGGACAAUACCUUGAAGGCUUCGCACUCUUGCACGACCUGCUCAGGUCCAAAACCUCCAUCUCCUCUCCGUCUAAUCCGCACCCGGCUCUGGUGCCACCCGUGCAGAUCUUUGAGCUGGCCGCGACGCUCAUAGUCCAUCCCGUCGUGACAACUCGCGCCAAGUCGUCCGACAAGCUACGCGGUGCCAAUGACGCCAUCCACUACCUGCGCGCCGUGAAGCGGAUCGUCGGCCCCGUCAACGCCAAGUUCAACCAAGCACUCACAUUUGCCUUGCCGGGCAGUGGUCGCAGCCGCGGCGGUAGGAAGCGGAGAAAUUCUGCUGAUGGCACCAGCGUUGACAGUGAGAGACCCGUCAAGUCGUCGAUCGCCAACGAGACAGGCCUUUGGGCCCAGGCAGAUGAUUUCUGGAAAGUCGUUGGCUGGGCUUUCAACUGCUCGCUCAAGCAUGAGAAGAGAUGGGCUCGGUGGAAAAUCUGGCUGGAUUUGAUGCUCGAAAUCAUGGAGGCAGAUUGGGCAGAGCGCUGCCGCCUACAUGAAGAAAAGAAUGAUGCAAAUGACGAUCUACUGGAACAGAGCAUCAUUUCGAUGCACCUCACGUCCGUCAAUGCCAGUGGGUUUUCCGGACGCCGCAAGGUCCUGCGCGCUAUCCUGGCAGACGGCAGCGCCAAAGCAUUGAGCGAGUUCCCCGAGGUCUUCAAGAACGAGCUCAAAGAGCGCAAGGAAGAGAAGCUCAAGCCAAUCAAGGAAGCAAACAUCAAAGAAGGAAAUUUCGGCGACCUCGCCGGUGAUGAUUAUGAUGAAGACGAGGACCUAUCUGGCACUGAAAAGGAGCCGAGAGAGAAGAUACCGACGCGUUCAAGUAACAGAGCUACCGCUCGUCGGGUUUCAAUUGUUUCUAUACAUAGCAGCUCUGAUGAAGACCCAGCUGACGGAGCAGAGACAAGCUUCAAUGGUGCUGACAUGCUGGGUGGGAUAGAGGCCGUGGAGUUCAGGCAGCGGUUUUUGAAACUUUUGACCGCCGUCGCCUACAAGACACCUACACACUUUACAACCCGUGAACAGCUCUUUGAUAGUUUCACUGAGCACCUGCGUCCACUUCACAUUCUACUUUUUCAGACCCUCAUAGCGACAUCGACCCUCACAGUACCAGAACAAUGUAUACUCGCCGCCAACACUCUCCUACCUCUCCUUCCCAACUCACUGCCGACAUACAACCUCGAUGCUCCUUCGCAGAAUGAAUGGGAGGUACACUUUUUCCCCCAACAUGCGAAUACUCAUGGCUUUCAAGACAACGCCAAGGUCAGCUUACUGCUGCAAAAAGUGCUGCAGCUCCAGAUGGGAGAAUUCAUAGCUACGGCGCAGUUCACAGAAAGCGUGUUCAAAGGCAUCCGAGCACGCAACGCAAAAGCACUAGGAGUCGGCAAGAGCGGCGGCGGUGGGCUGAAGGCCGGCGAGCUGGCUGCGAAAAACAUCUUGGAGCAGAGCGGAAAGGCGCUGGCGCUGUUGAUCCACUGGCUCAAGGAUGGUGAGCUCGCCCAACCCAGACGCGUCACCCGACGCAGAGCGGCAAAUCAUCAAGGGAACUAACGCCUUGCAACAAGAUUGGUCUGAGACGACGGUCUAUGACAGCGAGAACGACAGCGACUCGGGGCUGAGUGAUGUGCGAGAGGUCGAAACGCCCUCUACUAUGGGAAGCAGGGAAGGGUCAGAAACAGCAACAGAUCUAAUUGACUUUUGUAACAACUACACUCUCGACUUGGGCGAUGAUCAGCCUCUCGGUAAUGAAUCCGAAGCAGCAGCU